AAGAUAUUGAUACUAUGCCCCAUCAUCGCAGCGCACUGAUAGCAGCACGUUUCGAUAAACAUUGUUCGUCUCAUUUCGAUAAACAUUUCAGUACAUCGCUUCUCUUCGUGGAGGCCGUAUCGGGUCGUUUGCGGUGGUCAUAUUUACAUCGGCUUACGGCAUACUCUAGACAAAAAAUAGGUGCUCUGCUGUAGGUGGAUUUUCUUUUUCGGCAAAGCAGAGCGAGAAACCACCAGACGUGCGAUAGCAUUUAUUUUAGGACUAGAACCGGUAGUAUUCGAUUCCGCUGACUUGGUUGUGUACUAUCAUUGUCAAUCUGGAAAACAAAAAAUGUUGAAUCCCUCCUCCACCAGUGCAUUGGAAUGGAUAAGAUAGUAUAUUUGUCUCUGGUUGUUUGCCUUGGCUGGCUGGCGGUUUCCUCGGGCACAACUACAUCUAACGUUCUACCGGCAGCACUCAACGGCUUUUUAGAAUGCGGUGAUGCUUUGUGCCGUAAUGAUACGCAAAUUUGCAGAGAAGAUAGCUACUGCGAGUGUAGACCGCAUUUUGAAGACCUAGGAUCACAACAUUGUGCACCAUGCCCAUCCGAAGGACUGCUUUGCCGUGGGUGCUGUAUCAGUGAUGCCUUUACCUGUUACCGAGGUGUUUGCCAACGGUGCGAAAUAGAUAGUAAAGGAAAUUGCAUUAACCAAGAGACACUGUUUUUCCUGACGGCGGCUCAAGUGGCAUUGGCCACCGCAAUGGUUCUUGGGGUGAUCUCUUUAAGCUUCCUUUUAUACAAAACUCUUCGAAAUCGGCUAAGACGAAACAACCAAGUCCUCCAGAGUGAAUCACGCCAAUCCGUAGUAAGCCGUGUAUCGUUAUCGUCGAUUCAGCAGCGGGUUGUUAGACGUUUACGGGAUCGGCCACCGAAAUAUGAGACACGGCAUAAUUAUGAGUACCAGCAGCGACAAACCGAGCGGCAAAACAGUCAACAAAACGCUCCGGCUGAGCCGGUUCCGAUAAGUGGCCCACCACCGGCAUAUGAAGGAGACACGGUUUCACUGGCAGAAAAUCCACCUCCUUACACACCAGAGCAGGCCGGUGAACCGAGCGCUCGGAUUGCAGUUAUAGAUAUUCCAUCACCCAUAACUUCUGAUCAUCCUCCGGCUACUAGUGUGGCGAACAGUGGUGAAUCGAGAGAGCUCCAAGGAUUUACAAACCAGGUGUUUGAACCAGAUAAACAUGAUCUACCGCCCCAGACCGUUCAACCGCCUGGCGAAGGUGAUGGGCGUCCCAAAGAUUGCAUUGAUAUUCCUUUAGUCGAUAGCAGUGACAAGACGGUCUAUAUGUAGUAUGAUUUGUAAGUGUCAGGCGGAAAUAGGAAGCUGAGACCGUUUGUUGCUGGACUUCGAAGGUCUCAUUUUAGUUACUGCGCGUCGAUAACUGUAAUUAUUUUCUUUUCUGUUACUUUUAAACUAACUAAACGAAAGGAAUUCCGUUCCUAGAAAAUCCAA